AUGCCUACUCCCAUUUUACAACACCUCUCACCAUUAGAAGUUUUGCUUAACACCAAACCUGAUUACAAUAUGCUCAGAGUUCUUGGUUGCAGAGUGUAUAUUUCAAGGGAUGUCUUAUUUGACGAGUUUGUCUUCCCUUUCUCUGAUUUGUCUCAAAAGAGUUCUCCAACCUCUAUCUCAAAUUUUUACUUUGUCUCAUCAAAUCCACCUAUUUUGCCACCUCUUCGUUCUCCUCCUCUUACUCCAUCAUCAUUACCAUCUUCACCUUCCUCCUCCUCCUUCCCAUCCUUACCAUCUACACCUCCAUCAUCAUCACCACCACCACCUCCAUUUCCUUCCUCUACCAAUAUGUCAGUUAUCCCACCCUUGUUGAGUCAAGAAACUGGUUCAAAUGAUUUGCAACCUACUUUAUCUCUUGAUUUUCCAGUUGUUCCUAACAUUGUUUCUGCAGUGCCUAAUAUUCAUUCGAUGCAGACAAGAGCCAAGUCUGGGAUUCGAAAGCCCAAAGUUCUCAUGGCAUCUAUUGAAUCUUCUUCUGUCAAAGAUGCUCUCAAAAGACAGUAG